ACUGGACAGAUCUUCAAGCACUAUGUCAGACCAGAGCGUUUUUCACUCGGGAGAUGUCUUCAGCUCCACAACCGUCAAACAGAGCAUGGUGAGCAUUUUCCAACACAAACAGAAUCGAGACGUCAGACUUUUCUCAUCGCCUGAAGAAGACAUCAGUCUGUAUUUUACUUACAGUGGGGGUCGCAAUGAACUUGAAGUUCGCAAUCUGAACUAUGAGGUGGACACAGCAGCACAGAUACCUUGGUAUGAGAGGCUGUCCGAGUUUAAGAUGCCCUGGGAGAUGCACAGUAACAAGCAAACAGCCAUUAAAGAUUUAAACUUACGUGUACACAGCGGCAAGAUGCUUGCUGUCAUUGGCAGCUCAGGUUGCGGGAAGACCUCGUUACUAGACAUCAUAACAUGUCGAGAUGAGGGCGGCUCUAAGAAGUCGGGAGAGAUUCUGAUCAAUGGCAAACCUUGCACACGGUCCCUGGUGAAGAAAAACAUCGCGCACGUGCGGCAGGACGACCGUUUAUUACCGCAUCUCACAGUGAGAGAGACGCUCGCUUUUGUAGCUAAACUUCGGCUGCCAGCACACUUCAGUCAGAAGCAGAGAGAUCAAAGGGUUGAUGACGUCAUUGCAGAACUGCGUCUGAGGCAGUGUGCCCACACGCGGGUGGGAAAUGAAUAUGUGAGGGGGGUGUCAGGGGGUGAGAGGAGAAGAGUGAGCAUUGCUGUGCAACUACUCUGGAAUCCUGGUAUUCUCAUCCUAGAUGAGCCUACCUCAGGUCUAGACAGCUUCACGGCCCAUAAUCUGGUCAUUACAUUGUCCCGUCUGGCCCGAGGGAACCGUCUGGUCUUGCUUUCCGUCCAUCAACCCCGUUCUGAUAUCUUCCAGCUCUUUGAUUUGGUGGUUCUCUUGUCAUCUGGUUCAGCCGUGUACUGCGGUCAGGCCAAAGACAUGGUACCCUACUUUACCGCUCUCGGAUACCCGUGUCCACGGUUGUGCAAUCCUUCUGACUACUAUGUGGACUUGAUAAGCAUCGAUCGGCGUAAUCCUGAAAUAGAAGCAGCGUGUUUGGAGAAAACCAGGACAUUAGCAGCACAGUUUGUAGAAAAGGUGAAGAACACAGAGGAUUUCAUGUGGAAAUCAGAAGAUUGUGGUUCACAGCAGGACAGUCCUCCAAGCAUCGCCCCCAUCUCAAAGACAGAAGCAGUGAUCACCGUGUCCCAACAGGAGAGUUGUCUGCCGGGUAAACUGCACCAAUUCACAGUCCUGAUCAAACGGCAGGUGUUUAAUGACUACCGGGAUCUGGUCACACUGAUGGUUCAUGGUUUUGAAGCCCUGCUGAUGUCACUGCUCAUCGGUUUUCUGUACUAUGGGGCUGGAGAACAGGGUCUUUCUGUCCAAGAUACUGUGGCUUUGCUCUACAUGAUGGGGGCCCUGACCCCCUUUGCUGUGGUGCUGGACGUCAUAGCAAAAUGUCAUUCAGAGAGAGCCAUGCUUUAUCAUGAGCUGGAGGAUGGAAUGUACUCUGUCACCUCAUACUUUUUUGCCAAGGUCCUCGGUGAGCUUCCAGAGCACUGUGUUUUUACACUGGUAUACGGUGUGCCCAUCUACUGGCUGGCUGGGCUCAAUGGUGCUCCCGAUCGAUUCCUUCUCAACUUUCUGUUGGUGUGGCUGAUGGUGUACUGCAGUCGCUGCAUGGCACUGUUUGUGGCAGCAGCCCUGCCAACAUUGCAGACGUCUUCUUUCAUGGGCAACGCGCUCUUUACUGUCUUCUACUUGACAGCGGGCUUUGUCAUUAGUCUGGAAAACAUGUGGCUGGUGGCGACCUGGUUUUCUAACAUAUCAUUCAUGCGCUGGGGUUUUGAAGGAACGCUGCAGGUUCAGUUUCGUGGUGUCAAAAUCCCAGUCUCUAUUGGAAACAUGACUAUAGAAUUGGAUGGUAUUAAAGUUGUGGAGAUGAUGAAAAUGAACCAGUAUCCCCUUUAUGCCUGCUACCUGGUGCUUAUCACUGUUGCUUUAGUUUUCAUGCUCCUCUAUUUUCUGUCACUCAGAUUCAUUAAACAGAAGUCCAGUCAGGAUUGGUGAGUGUAGUGUAGUCUUUAGUAACAGCAUAAAGUUUGUGUAAAUACACCUAGAUGAGCUACAAUUGGACAUGGUGUUGUGCUCAUGGUACAAAAGACAUACUUGGACAGAGAGAUUAAGCUUGUAAGCUUGUAAGUGUGCAAAACCUUUUUUGAUUGGGGGAGAGAAAAAGGUUUAAAGCUACACCCUGGACAUGAGAUUUGUUUACAGUCAGUACUGUGGAUUAUUGAGGUUCAUUGCACUACUACUGGCUGCCGCUGGAUGGCAGCAAUAUACAAUGUUUCUUUGCACUUUGGAGUUGUUUGCCAUCGUUUAAUUAUU